GUCCGCACCACCCUCCCUCGCCUGCCCUCUUCCGCAGCCCGCCACCCCGUCUCCACGUCUCGCCUCUACCUGCGACCGCUCGCCCCCUCCGACCUCGAUGCCCUCUACGAGCUGCAGCUUCAGCCCGAGGUCAUGAGGUGGACCGCAGCCGGACGCCCAGUCGCCCACAAGGACGAGACGGCGGCCAAGCUGGCACAGUUCCUGCCACCGCACGACAUCGAGACCUUCAACUGCGCCAUCUGCCUGGCGGGGGACGAGGAUGGCGGCGGCACACUCAUUGGCAUUGGCGGCGUGAAGAACGAGGAGGGUUCGUACGGGUGGCCGGAGCUCGGGUACCUGCUCAGGAAAGAGUACUGGGGUACAGGCCUGGCGACGGAGUUUGUGCGUGCGUUCCUGUCAAUGUGGGAGGAUCUCGACAGGAUGCCCAUCGAGUUGUCUGUGAAUGCGAAGACCCUAGCAGGCGAGGUGGUGGACGAGGACGGGUCCGGCAUGGUGAGCCGGGAACAGCUGGUUGCCAUCGUCGACUCGAGCAACGCGGCGAGCUAUCGCAUAGUAGAGAAGCUUGGUUUUGAGAAA